ACUUGUUUUUAAAUGUAUUUGGUAUAUUAUUCAUCCUUUAUUAGUAUUGACAACGUUGUGCGCGCAAGUGUAAAGGAAAAUGAUUGGACGAUAGAGAUGUAUAAAUCAAUUCAUCAACUAUUAAGCAGAGAAGUGAUUUAGGCAUUUCAUCUUACCAGAAGUGACAGUAUACAAUGAUGCAGACUACCUUGGCAUUAUUCCUUGUGGUUGCUUGUGUCCAUGCAGUACAGUGGCCACAGGGGAAAUAUAGUUUAGUAAAGCCUAAAUCAGGCUGUCCAUCAGGAUGGGUCCAAGGAUGGCGACAUCAGGACAACGAAGAUAAUGAUAACAAAAACGCAUUGUCCAGUGGUCAUCAUUUUUCUGGAAUAUUUGGUAGGAACACAAGAACUGAUUACUGUUCAAAGAUUCGAGAGGAGAAGGUUACAGAUUGGACCACAUGGAAAAUAGUUGAUUGGCCAAAAGGAACUUAUUGCAUCUUAAGGAAAGGAGGGAAGUGUCCCAAAGGAUUUGCAAAUGGACAUGUUCAUUGGGAUGACGAAGAUUCUGAUAAUGAAAAUGCUGUUGGUGGAACUUUGCCUGAUGGAGAUUAUGACAGAAAUACAGGGAUACAAUACUGUUGCAGAACUGAUGGAUCGACUAAUACUCCGAUAGAGCUUCCCACAUCUAAGCCAUUCUAUCUUGUGAGAAAAUUAAGCGCUUGUCAGCAGGUGAAAGGAAUGAGUGUCCGCGACGAAUUUAUCAAGACUGAUGACGAAGAUAAAGAUAACAAAAACAGCUGGUCUGGAAAUUACCCAUCUAUUGCAACUGGCAGGAAUAUAAUUGUGUAUUACUGCUAUUAUUCAUAAACUCAUGCAGCAUAUAUUUAUUUCUGACAGAAUUUAUUUCUCCUAACUUCUGCGUUCUUUAUUUUUCAUUUGUU